UUCUUUUCCUUUCUAUGCUUCUUGCCUUUGGAGUAUAAUUUAAAAUGAACUCUAAUAAGAUACUUUCGACCAACUUGCUCAAUCCACCGGAACAGUUUGGUAUGGUAGAACCAGGUGUGUUUCGUUCCGAGAUGUUACAACCUGUUCAUUUUCCUUUUAUUAAACAGUUUGGAUUUAAGACUGUGCUCAUGUUAUCACCUGAACUACCUAAUCGUGUUACGUCCAAUCUAAUAGAGGAAGGAGGAAUUCAACUUGUGCAUUUGGGUAUGGCCACUUGGAAGCCAACACAGCCAUCAACUUGGCGACCGGUAUCAGAGGAACUCAUCAAAGAAGGGUUAGAAUUAAUUUUGAAUGCUAACACAUAUCCGAUAUUGAUUAUGUGUACCUCUGGAAUUCAUGAAACAGGAACCUUGGUAGGCUGCUUAAGGAAAUUAGAAGGGUGGAACUUCAGUUCCAUUGUCACAGAGUAUCGAUCAUUUGCUGGAACAAAGGCAAGAUAUGUCAACGAACAAUUUAUUGAAUUAUUUGAUUUGGACUUGGUCACUCUACCAAAGGAUUUACCAAAAUGGUUUUUACAUCAACAAAAAAUGCUUGAGGAUGAAAAAAACGCAAUCACAUAAUUGUAAUCGUAAUGAUAAUUUAUAGAAUUUGUAAUAUACCCGGAUAUUGAUAUAAAAAAAGAAGUGUCCAUGCAUAGAUGACAUUACUCAUAGUUGAUCCUUCAUUAUCACAUCCACUUGCCAUAAAGUCUUCGAUGAUCCAAAUUUGCUUUCAAAAAAUAAAAGGUGCAAAAGUUCGAAGUUGAAAGAUUGCUUUUUGAGCGCGCAAACCUCCAUUCUUGUAAAAUGAAUUUGUAAGUUACUGAUGCCAGUUAUAUCAAGCAUCAGCUUCCUGACAUGAAAGGCAAAAUCAAAAUUCCUUUGGCAGGCAGCUCAGUCCAUGUUGACAAGAAAUUUCUUGAAAAGGAAAUGUCUG